AUCUAACGCACCGCAUUGACAGGCUGAGCAGGAGCCAGUUAACUUCUAAAAUUGUUCAAAAUCAUUACUUAAAGUGACAAGAUGGACGGUUUUAGAACAUUCGGCCUUUCCUUCAAACUCUCAAAGAGUGAGAAGACUAACAUUUCCAACAUUUCAAGUGACAAAUACAAAUCUGGAGACAAUCGCUACCCUAUAUUUGAGGAUGAUGAUAAGCAGCGCAACGGCAAAGUAUUUGUUGUGGUUAGAGGAGUGGGUGACAAGAGCGACAAUGAAACCUUGUUGCAUCAUUGGGCCAUCGCUGUUAAAUUUUAUGAUGGAAAAUGGGUUACAAUUGAAGGAGUGAUCGAUCGUGGAUUGUUGGUUCCUGCAUACUCCUCCUCGUAUUCCAAACCGAGUGGCACUAUCAUUGAUAUUGAAAAAUCUCCAUCAGCUUGUAUAAAAGACAACCAGGUCCUGAAGUAUUUGUUGUUAUUUACGCAGGCGAUGAAAUCAGUCUCGUUUGAGAGCGUCCGUUUCAUUAGGGCUUCCCCGCGCGAUCUGCACAGGCUUGCUUGCGGUAUCCCUAAAAAACCGUACUGUCUUGGCGUGAACGACUGCCAAACUUGGUUUUUGGAUGCCCUACGGAAGCUCCAGUUCUUCGAAAUUGGAACCAAGAGCACGUGCGCGUGCGCUUUUGACUUAAUACGAGCUCCUGUGAAAACUGUGACUUACUCGGGCUUCAAAGCAAUGUCCACCGUCACCAAUACUGGACUCGAAGCUUUAAACACCGUAGGGAGGGUUAUUAGUCUGAAAGAGAAUCCAGUUACGGCCCUCGUGGAUGGCGUCGGAAAAGCGGCCAAUCACAUCAUCACCGGCGUGUACGACACUGCCGCUGGAGCAGUGGACGGCGUGGCCGGCUUUGCAGUGAAUGCAAUUGGACUGGUUACUGGCGGAGGAUGCGCCACGAAGAAUGGUCUUGACGCGGAUAUGAAGAGUCUGCAGGAAGAGGUGGAUUCUGGCCGGAUGAGCUUGCGUAAAGCCAAGUUACAAAAGUGUGGAAAAGUUGCUGGUAGCGUUGUCUACAAGAUUCAAUUCAAUUCAAUUCGUUUUUAUUUCUCCAAACAAGUCAUAUUAUGUUACAAACAUUUAAAGUCAUGA